AUGGCGGCCAAUAACUCAGUGGUUGGUGUUGAAUCUCCGAAGUACGUGAUUAACUAUCGGUUAGUCGUAGUUCAGGUUUUGGUGUCAUUCUUUCUUUUCAUCAACUUUUUGCUCAUAAGAACUUUUUUUGUAAAAGACUUCUACACAACCACGCGGUACAUCUUGUUUGCUACAACUCUGCUGUCUGACUCAAUAUUUUUAAUCAUAAGUGACAUCCUUCUUAUUUUCACAUUCAUUAAGAUUACCAUGCAAGUGUGGCUGUGUGUUAUCAUAUACAUUUUUCUGUCUCUGUUUACCUUUGUGACACCGGUUACUUUGACAGCAAUGACGCUGGAGCGCUAUGUGGCCAUUUGCAUGCCCCUGAGGCACGGAGAGCUGUGCUCAACACGCAGAGCUGUGCACUGUGUCCUCAUCAUUUACGGCCUCAGCUCUAUACCCUGGGUUGUUUUUCUCUCCAUCUUGUUUGCAUCAAUGUCCCACAACUUCUAUUACCAGGACAGAGUAUGUAUUCCGGAAAUGUUCUUCUUUUACCAAUGGCAGGGUCAUGUUCGGUCCGCUAUAAGUCAGUUUUACUUCUUGAUAAUGUUCAUUGCUAUUGUAUUCUGUUAUCUUACAAUAAUGAAAGUAGCCAAAGCUGCAUCAGCAGAGGAUAAAAAGUCAACAUGGAAAGGUCUCAGAACAGUCAUUCUUCAUGCUUUUCAGCUGUCGCUCUGUCUCUUCCAGCUGUGGUGUCCGUUCAUAGAGAAUGCUGUACUUCAAAUUAGUUCAAUAUUAUUCAUUAAUGUCAGGUAUUUUAAUUACAUUACUUUUAUUCUUGCUCCAAGAUGUAUAAGUCCUCUUGUUUAUGGCAUCAGGGAUGAAAUGUUUUUUCAAGCACUAAAAUACUAUGCUCUCUGUGGCUUGUAUAAGAAACCGUCAUCAAACGUAUCUUGAUCAAUAAAUGUAAUUAUUAUUACCCUACUAAUGUAACAUGUUAAAUGCUUUUUAUAUAUA